AUGUCUAAGACAGCGGUGAAGAAGCUACACUGGCGUUCCAAUGUGCAGGACACCUUCGUCCCCCUGCUUGGGGCAUCAGGAGAUCUGGGGGUCUCUGUUGGUGGAGGGGCGGAUUAUGGAGAGUUUCCCUUCAUCACGUCGGCUCCAGGCGGCGGACUCACAGUGGGGGACAUCGUCCUAGAGAUUGGGGGAACGCCGUUACUGGGUAUGACGUUAGGAGAUGUUCGAGGAGUCCUCAACUCUUGUCCGCAUCCAAUCCGGAUCAAAACUGUGUCUCCAGGCUCCACGUUGUGCAAGGAUCUCAGGUUGUAUCUGAGUAAGUGCUUCACACCUGGCUCGGUGGACAGCCAGCUUCAGCAGGUCAUCAGAGAGAACCUCUACCUCCGAGCAGUGCCCUGUACAACCCGGCAGCCCCGAGACGGGGAGAUCUCAGGGGUGGACUACAACUUUGUUUCCAUCGAGGAGUUCUUCUCUUUGGAGGAGUCUGGAGUGCUGCUCGAGAGCGGAAAGUUCAAAGGAAACUAUUACGGCACGCCUCGGCCCGUUCACAUAAGCUCAGAGAGUUCUCCCAUCACCUACCAGGAACACCGCAACCUGCUCAGAAAUUUCCGCACCCGGAGCAAAUCCCUCAGCAACCUGGAAAAGGCUGCAGAUGAAGGCGUAAACGGCGAGGACGGCUCAGGAGGUGUGAGAAGCAGCGUUCCUCUUGGCCACCGGUCUCCCGGUCGGCCCCGGGCAGCCAGCAGCGGAGGGGAUAGUCAUGUCGUAGAGAAUGGGGUCAUCGGCGGCAGAAGAGGUGGCAGAAUCAGAGGAGUGAUGCCGGAUCACUGGGAGCAGGCUUUCAGUGACCCUGGAGAAUCUCUUGACAUCGAGCGCAGCCCAAAAAGGACCAGCUGGCAGAGUCCUCGACACUCAAGCAGGGAGACCCUUUACAAAAAUGAACGUGAGCCUCUUUGGUUCACAGACCGGCCUGAGGAGCUCAGGGGUUUUCCUGUGCACACACACUUGAUCAAAGGCUCCAGAGGGUUUGGUUUCAACAUCGUUGGAGGCAGCAGGCCAAGAGAGUUCCUCCAAGUCUACAGCGUCACAGCAAGUGGACCCUCAGCUCUCCAAACAGCGGACAUCUUGGUGUACAUCGACAACGUUUGUGUGUUGGGAGUGUCACACAAAGAGGUUGUAGAGAUGCUCAAAUCAGUCCCUGUGGGUCGCAGCGUGGAUAUAGAGGUUAGGAGGGGGUAUCCCAUGCUCUUCAACCCUGACGGUCGUCCCAAGCAACCCUCGCCAAGAUUAAUGGACGGCGAGGACCGUGUUCUACCCACCACCACCCAGCCUCAGUCUCUUCAUCAACUACCUCGCCUCCCAACAGCUGCACCCCAGACCCAGCACUUUAACGGGCUCCACAGUGACGGGGGCUACAUGCAACCCGGUGUGACUCUAGAUGCCAAUGGAAACGCAGUAUCUUUUGCCUCCAGACCACCACCCCCGUACAGACGUUCCAGCGUGAGCAACGCUGCUGUUUCCUCCCCUGUACUCCCGCCUCGGUUCCUGAAAAGUUUAGCCAGGCUGCAGUCACUGGACCCGACGCUGGCCAGCCAGAGUGACAGUGAAGUUGUGUCUGCGAUUGGUUCCCACAGGGCGUCCGUGAUACGAAAUCACAACAAUAACUCUCUUUCAACGCCCCCCCAUCUUUUACGUUAUGGAACUUCAAAGUCAUCUGAAAGUGACCUGUCCACCUGCACCGUUCCAGGGUCUCGGCUCCCACUGCCUGAGUCACCACGGAGGCCUUCCUCUUCCCCCAGCGGCCCCAGCUUCACUCACUCUCACCUCUUCAGACCACACACCUCCCACCUCAGACCUCCUUCCACCUCGGACAACCCCCACCAUCGUGGCUUUAAUGGCUUCCAUGGCAGCACCAGUCCAACUGCCAGCCCCAGCAGUGUGUCCUCACCUGGGGCGAUGAGUGUCGGCAGCGGGUUUGGUAGUUUCAGCGGGGGGGAGCUGGUCCCAGUGGUCUUGGCGCAGACUGAAGAAGACAGAGGCCUCGGCUUCAGCCUGAUGGCUGGGGGCACUGGGGGCAGUGUGACUGUAGUGGAGAGAGUCUGGGACAGGAAGCAGUGCAACUCCCUGCAGCCAGGGGAUGCUGUUGUCAAAAUCAAUGGUGCUGAUGUCCAGAGCCUCAGCCAUGCUCAGAUAAAAACAAUUCUGCAGGAGCACACCAAACAGGGAGAAGUAAUCCUGCUGGUUUACAGAGGAGGCAAUUAUCAUUCUGUCUCUCCUGGCUCCUUUCGGAGACUCCCUCCACCUCUUCUGCGCCCCCCACCGCCUCCUCUUGGCACCGACAACUCCUCUGUGCUCCCAGAAGUGCUGCCUAAGCCCCGUACCUCCACAGACACCCCUCCGUCUCCAGUCCCCUUGAAUUCCUCACUGAUCCAAAGCACCAGUUUCUUGGAGUCGAUUCCUGUGACCCUGACCAUGGAACCCAAAGACUGGACUGAUAUAGGUCUGGAGGACGAGGCUGGCGGUGUGUCGGUGCCUCAUGCAGCUCGGGAAAAUACGAAAGGGGAACGGAACCGACAGUUUAGAGGGUUUGAUGUGGAGCUGAGGAGAAAGCCCGGGGAAGGCUUUGGCUUUGUCAUCGCGUCUCAGGAUGUGGAAAGUGGCAAAGCUGCGUCCCUUUUCCCCCAUCGUUUUGUGACCAUCCGGCGAGGCAGUCCGGCAGCAAAAAGCGGUCAGAUCCGAGCAGGAGACCGUUUGGAGGCUGUGGAGGGGAGGCCGGUGGGGGCUCUGCCCCAUCGGGAGCUCGCUCAGAUUCUUCGCAGGGCAGGAAACACACUGCGUCUGACCAUUGUUCCCCGCUCCACCACCUAUUCCUCAAACCUUACAGAAGCUGCUGACCAUGAGCACAGCCACAGAAGCAGAAAGGGUCAGAGGUCACGUCCUAAGCGUGACUCGAGGUAUUACAGCGUGGAUCUGGAUCGGGGCCCCUCAGGCUUCGGCUUCAGCCUUCGAGGGGGAAGUGAGUACAACAUGGGCCUCUACGUCCUGGGACUGAUGAAGGGUGGACCAGCCUCGCGAAGCAAAAAAAUACAAGUGAGUGAUCAGCUGGUGGAGAUAAACGGGGACAGCACGGCCGGGAUGACCCACAGUCAGGCGGUCGAGAUGAUCCGCAGAGGAGGACAACACAUCCACCUGGUCCUCAAGAGAGGAAACGGCUACGUGCCUGAUUACGCCCUUGAGCACAGAAUCACCUCCUCCUCCCUCCUGUCCAACCCCAAAAAGCAGGGUGUGGCUGCAGUGAACUCCAGCAGGUGGAGGGAGCACAGCUCCGUGCAGAAGAGGAGAAGCAGGUCGCAAGGAGACGAGAGAGGGAACAGGAGGAGAAGAAGAAGACGGAGCGCAGGGGAAGGAGAACGCUCAGGUUUACAAAACCAUAUUGCUGAGCGGAGAGAGAGGUCUCGGGAGGACAGCUCAACCAGGAGGAAAAUAAGAUCCCAGAGUUUACCCAGAGAUGUUAACAGGACAUAUGAUGAUGAGGAGGAGGAGGCUGCUGAGAAUGGGACAGUGAGGGGCAGGAGAGGAGAGGAGGAGAGGGGUAGGAGCAAACACAGAGAGCAGAAAAGCAGGAGCAGGAGGAGGGAGAUGAUGGCAGAGGGUAAGGAGUUUGAACAGGAAGCACCUACUGUUGAGGAGAGUGUGGAUAGAAGAUUAAAAGAGGGAAGAGUCCGAUUAGAAGAAAGUGAUGAGGAUGUUUUUCUUCCCAUUCCAAGCCCGACCCAAAAGCUUCCCAGACCCAAGGAAAACUGGAAGGAGGAGUGUGAUGAAAUCUGGGACAUGGCAGUAAGGUACAGGGACCUGAAGAGGGACAAGUCGCAGGACGACUUACGGAAAGACUACGAGGGUGAGGCUUGCAGCGCAGAGCUAAAUGAAGAUGAAGGACACCACGAUAUCUGCUCCGUGAGCUUCGAGAGGCCUUUACCUGGCGUUGCUGUGGUAGACCCAGCAUCAGAGAGAAAGCCCUUCUCCUUCCUCCACUCCUCACCGUCUGUAGACCAGCUGGUGGACGAUGAGUCAGAGUCUGGAGGCAUCCAAUCUGAUGGCAGUGUUUCUGCUGCCAGUGUUUCAGGCCGUUCUGUGGCCCGUGGGGCGCUGCCAGGCCUUUGGCUCACACCCAGUCAGCCGAGGCUGGUUGGAGAAGAUCACAGGUGAGCCCUAAGCAGGACAGGGCAGUGGGGAAGAAGAAGAAGUGCUGUCUCUUGACCUUUAUUUGGACAUAAAACAUGCAGCAGUUAAAUAUCUGAUUGGGUUUGACACUGUUAGACUUGUUUUCUGCAACUUUUUCUCAGAGUCACUUUAAA